GUAGGUGGCAGUGUUCAGCUUCGCAACCCGCAACGCACAGCCUGCUGUAAACUCGUUUAAAGAAUAGAAGAAGAGGAGGAGAGCGUUUAACUUAACAUACUUUUUCACAACUGAAAUUUUACUUUUACAGUUGUAGAUUCCCAUCUCACGGAGAGGAAAAUAAACCAGGUGGCGUGCCGUUAUUUGACAACACGUAAAGACAACAAUAAGGGAUCGGAAUGAUCUGGAGCAUCGAGAGGUUGUGGCGGCCUCAUCAGUAGCUGUCACCACGGCGGGGGACCUUCGGACCUCCGUCUGCAGGGUGGUCAUCUACCUCCAAAAGGACAUGUCCGGGGACAGCUGCCUGCCCCAGCAUCAAACCCAGACCCACUCCACCUCCUCAGCCGCUCCUCUGGCCUGUCCCAAGACCAAGACCUGCAGUUAUCGAGGGGCAGUGGGCCUGGGCAACAAGUAUGUCCGGAUCAAUGUUGGCGGGACCCUGUUUUACACCACACUGCAAGUGCUGACUAGACAGAAUUCCAUGCUGAAAGCCAUGUUCAGUGGACAGAAGGAAGUGUUCACUGAUAAAGAAGGUUGGAUCCUGAUUGACCGUAAUGGGAAACACUUUGGCAGCAUCCUGUGCUACCUACGUGAUGGCACAGUGACCUUACCCAAAGGUCGUCAGGCUGUCCAGGAGUUGCUAGCUGAGGCAAAGUAUUACCUCGUCCAGGGCCUAGUGGAGCUUUGUCAAAACACCCUGCAGGGCAAUAAAGAGCAGCCCUUGUGCGUUAUACCUGUUGUCACCUCCAGUAAGGAAGAGGAGAGGCUCAUCCAGUCCUCGACCAAGCCUGUGGUGAAGUUGGUGUACAACAGAAGCAAUAACAAGUACUCCUACACCAGUAACUCUGAUGACAACCUUUUGAAAAACAUUGAGCUGUUCGACCGGCUGUCACUCAGCUUCAAUGGUCGCGUCCUCUUUAUGAAAGAUGUGAUCGGUGAUGAGAUCUGCUGCUGGUCCUUUUACGGUCAGGGUCGCAAACUGGCUGAGGUCUGUUGCACCUCCAUCGUCUACGCUACAGAGAAGAAGCAGACCAAGGUCGAGUUUCCUGAAGCACGGAUCUAUGAGGAGACACUGAACACCCUGCUUUACGAGACGAUGCCUCUGCCUGACAACUCCUUGCUGGAGGCCACGCGUCGGAGCUACACCAACUGCGGAUCUCACAGUGAGGAAGAGGAGGGGCCCGGAGGAGCAGAGCUUCGUGAGCGUGUCCGUCGAAUCCAUGUCAAGCGGUACAGCACGUACGACGACCGGCAACUGGGACACUGAGACUGAAAACACAAACCGCUGGACAGAUUUUCACAUUGAUGAUGAACAUUAAAACAGGAAAUCUGUUGAUUUUCAUACAUUUCUCUUAUGAAUAGUUUUAUUACCUUCUUCACCACUAUCUAAAAGAAGUCCAAACUGUGGCCUUGAUGUUAUUGCAUCUGACCUUUUACUCUAGAUAGUUGUGGUGUUGUCUGCUCUGUCCAUCAUAAUUUAUGAAUUAUUAUCAGAGGAUUCAGAGCAACUUCUUCAAAUAACUGAAGAACUGUAGCUUUUUUUAUUAAAUGCAGAUUAGUAGUGGAGGAAAAAUCACUUUUAUGGACUAUUUCGUAGAAGAAAUAAUGUCAACAAUCAUAGCGCUUACACUCUGAAUCAGCAGGAGAGCAUGUUUCAUAUUCAGAUUGUAUUUUUCAUGUACACAUUUACAACAGCCUAUCGUUGGCCAAAGAUGAACUUGUUUUAGUUUUUCCAGAAUUAGUGCCUCUAACAUGUUUUAAUGCAGUUUACCAUGAUGCCUUUUUUCCAGCUGUGAAGAUAAAAAAAUCUUGUUAUUCAACUA